AAGCAACCUCAAUGAAGGUGUCAAAUUGAAAACAAAAAUUGUUUAGGAAAUUUAUUUAUGUCUUCUGCACUUCAAGCGAUGGAUAAAGCGAGAUUAUUGGCAGUGUUGAAACAAUCAAAGAAGCGAAUGGAAAAAGGCAAUGAAGAUUUUGUGAAGGCAAUUGACGAAAGGAUUCAACACGAAACAAAAUUUCGAUCGGCGAUUCGUUCAUUGGAACAAGCGACGACAUCGACGUUAGAUGUGUUGACACUUCACGAAGAACUGGAACCAAGCGAAAAAGACGCUCAAUCAAUUAUAAAUUUGAAGAAAGAGGUCAAAUUGGUGGCCGAUAUGCAAUUGAAGCUGAGCAAAGAAGUGAAUUUAUCCAGGAAACGGAAACAAAAACUGGAAGAAAUUUCACGUGAAUUUAAGCGAAUUUUGGGCAACGAGACACGUGAAACUGUCAUUGAAAUUAUGGAUUCGCCACCACGUGAAAAUGUCAACGAUACAAGUAGUCAUCCAAAAAAUUUUUAUUGUAUUUCAGAGCGCACCGAAGACAUCAAUUGUGGCGCCGACUCAACGAAACAAAGCACAAACACCACCGAUGGCAACAGGCUUUCAAAUGUUGAAACAAAGGGCCAGCAAUAUGUUAGCAAUGAAGAACAAUACCGAAUCACCAGUAACAAAGGAUGUUCGAAACCGAUUGCCUACAACCCAAUGACUGAACCUACGGAUGAAAUUAAUUGACAAUGUUUCAAAAAAGACUUUUAUUUUUAAAGAAUUGUUUCCAAUAAAAUUGUGAAUGAUACGGUUUUUCUAAAAUUAA